UCUCGAUAUCUCAAGGUCCCAAAAGUGCGAUCGAUAGAGCGAAAGGAGGCGGCGCAAAGAUGAGGCUUUUGACACACAACAUGCUCUCCUGCAACAUCAAGGGCGUCACCAACGGCUUCCCCCUCCGCCUGGAGGCCGAGAAGUGGGUCGAGAAGGAGGUGGAGCUCAACGCCGACUUUCUCCGCCACAUCUUCCCCAAGAUCGAAUGGAAGGCCCUUGCGGGCGCCGCCCGCGCCGUCGACUACUGCGAGCUUCCCGAGGAGGCCGACGCCGCGAUGCUGGACUCCGAGGACUUCCUCCGCCGCUUCCACCACGCGCUGCUCGAGAUCCACGUCGAGGAGGGCGCCCUCGUGUGCCCCGAGACCGGCCGCGGGUUCCCCAUCACUAAGGGCAUCCCCAACAUGCUCCUCCACGAAGACGAGGUCUGAUUCGAGAGGAUCGUUUCCGAUCGCCCUUUUCCUUUUUCUUAGGCUUUAGGAUUAGGGUUUUGUGUCGCUGGGAAAUGCUCCGAUGUAUCUUUACAACUCUGUUCUCUUGUAUCUCCAUCUGCAACCAUAAGAAUCCCAAUUGGUGAA